CUACGAUCACAAUCUAUGAAAGAUUCUUUCACAACUUUGCAAUCUCCGCUUGGAUCCAACUCUCUUCUUAUUCUUUCACAACUUUGCAAUCUCCGCUUGGAUCCAACUCUCUUCCUCUAUAUAUAUGGAAUAACAUUUCAUUGAGAAAAUUUGGAGGCUAAACAAUCAUGGAAAGACGUGAUUUAGAUUCUUCGAUUUCUAAAAAAACGACGGAUAGAUUCUACGAUAACAAAAAAUAUCCCAAACCUUAUGGGCGAGGGUAGUUCUAAGGUCGGCGAAUCUAUCUGUACGACAAACAAAUUUGCUGAUAGUACAGUUUACAGAUUGUACUUCAAAGGUUUGGUGAGUGAUAAAAUGACGACAUAUAAUGAAAAGAUGGUAUUUGCUGCUAUUGGCGUUGCGAUUUGCGAUGAUGUGGAUAAUUUGCUGUAUGAAAUGAAGGAAUCUGUUGACGCCACCAAGAUUCUCAGCCGAGUAGAGAUUCUAGGAGCGAUUUGUGGCAUAAAUCACACAAUUCAAUUGGGGAUAAAAAAUGUGGUGAUUUAUUGUGAUGACCAUCGAAUUUACCAAUUGAUAAAUGGUAGAGGGGAUCCUUCUACGCAAAUGAUGGAGGAUCUCGUUGGAGAAUUCAUACACUAUAAAGAGAAACUGGCUUCAAGUGAGAUUGUCUUAGUUGCACCAAAUGAUGUUAAGUUUGCUUAUAGACUUGCAAGAGAUGUGAUAGCUUCUCAAAUCAACAGCAACACUGAUGUGGAGGCAACACAGGGAGUAGUAACUUGUCCCAUUUGUUAUGACGAUGCUGACGACCACAUGUUAUUUACUAACAACUGUGGUCACCGUCACUGCUUUACCUGUGUGAAAAGGUAUGUGGAAGUGAAGCUGCUCAGCGGAGUCUUUCCAACAUGCCUUGAGCAUGGAUGCAUGUCUAAGCUCACCCUUGGAAGCUGGCUCAUGCUUUUCAAACCAAAGCUGAAGGGGCUGUGGAAACAAAGGAUGAAAGAAGACUUGAUUCCCGCUGUAGAAAGAAUCUGUUGCCCAUACCCAAGCUGCUCAACGGUGAUGUCCAGAGCCAAUCUUGUUCCCAUUCAAGGCCACCCGUUCAAUGUCCGUGCUUGUGUUAAAUGCUCUGGACUCUUUUGCAUUGAUUGCAAAGUACCAUCUCAUUCUGGUUUGUCAUGUGCUGAUUACAAGAACCUUCCCCGUGAAACUCUUGUUAAUGAGAUGAAGCUCACGUCUCUAGCAAAGGAGAAUAUGUGGCGUCAAUGUGUCAAGUGCAGGCUCUUUAUUGAACGCGUUGGGGGCUGCAUACAAAUCAAGUGCAAAUGUCAUUAUGAGUUUUGCUACGAUUGUGGGGUCGAAUGGAUGGAUUUUCAACGAGAAUGCCCUUCUGGUUGCGUAGAUGACUAUGAUGAUUAUGAUGUUGAUGAAGAAGAUGAUGAUAAUGAUGAUGAUGAUGAAGAUGAUGAUGAUGAUGAUGAUGAUGGCGAUGACGGUGGUGAGCCUGAUGACGGAGAUGUUGACUUCGAAGAGUUUGCUGUUUACCAAAUCUAUUAGGCUAUUUACCUUGAUAUGUCAAAUGAGCAGAAAGAUAAGAGCAACUGGAUUUGCUCUGAUCAUUUCUGAAGUAAACUGAAUUGCUCUGUUUUCUUUUUCUUUUGCUAUUGGAAGAGGGCAAAGAUGAUUUUGGUGAUGAAAGUAUAGAUGGAAGGGAGAAGAUCUCGAAGAGACAGACCUUUUUUUUUUUUAGUUUUUUAAUUAUAAUAAUAUAUUUAAGUGUUAAAAAAAACACAAGAUAUCUGGGAUCGGCGGAUACGGAUCUGGAAACUAAUUUAAUAAAUCCGCCGGAUACAGAUCCAUAUCUGGAUACCUCCGAAAAACCCGGAUAUCCAGAUCCAUCUUAGGCCUACUAACCAAUUCUGGCUGAUUGAUUAACCAAUGAUAUUGAUACUCUCUGCUUCCAUGUCUUAGUGGAUCGUUAAUCAAGUAUUUAGGUGUUGGUA